UGUCCCCAGCCUUCCUAUCUUUUCUAGACCCCCUUUCUCAGCGGCUUCAGCUGCUGACCUGUUUUCAGCUCCCCCUUCCUUGCCGUCCCCCAUCGACUCUCCCUGAGGCACCGCAGGCCCUCCGCUCUCAGCGUUAGGGAUCCUGUUCUGUUGCGUUUUGCCAAUCCCCUCCUCUCUCCUCUUUUCAUGGACCUGUCCUGCCUCUCCAUUCCGUUCUUUUUCUCUCCCCCGUCGCCCGCUUUGUCCUCAAGCCCCCUCUCGCCCGCCCGGAGUCCUUGGAGAGGGAGCAGAUGAGGAGACAGAAGGGCACGCCAAAGUCCCGCUCGUCUUAUAAGUGGCCCAGAGCAAGGACCUGCCCAGGGUUCCGCCCCUGCUUUGCACCUGCCACUCUGGGCCAGAGGCAGCAUGGUCCGUGGGGCAGCAUGGGGCCCGACAGAGUGACAGCCAGAGAACUGUGUGAGAACGACGACCUGGCCACCAGCCUGGUCCUGGACCCCUACCUCGGCUUCCGCACCCAUAAGAUGAAUGUCAGCCCCGUGCCCCCCCUGCGGCGACAGCACCACCUGCGCUCAGCGCUGGAGGCCUUCCUGAGGCAGCGGGACCUGGAGGCUGCGUACCAGGCCCUGACGCUGGGAGGCUGGAUGGCCCACUACUUCCAGAGCCGGGGCCCACGGCAGGAGGCUGCCCUCAAGACCCACAUCUAUCGCUACCUCCGCGCCUUCCUGCCUGAAAGCGGCUUUACCAUCCUGCCCUGUACCCGCUAUUCCAUGGAGAAAAAUGGAGCCAAGAUCGUGUCUACCCGAGCUUGGAAGAAGAAUGAGAAGCUGGAGCUGCUGGUGGGCUGCAUCGCGGAGCUGCGGGAGGCCGACGAGGGGCUGCUGAGGGCCGGCGAGAACGACUUCAGCAUCAUGUACUCGACCCGCAAGCGCAGCGCCCAGCUGUGGCUUGGCCCUGCCGCCUUCAUCAACCACGACUGCAAACCCAACUGCAAGUUUGUGCCCGCAGAUGGGAAUGCAGCCUGCGUGAAGGUGCUCCGGGACAUCGAGCCAGGGGACGAGGUGACCUGCUUCUACGGUGACGGCUUCUUUGGUGAAAAGAAUGAGCACUGUGAAUGCUACACCUGCGAGAGGUGUGGGGUGGGAGAGGGAGGAGGGGUCUGGGGUCCCGGAACCGGAAAUGCCUCCUUUGCCCAAUUCCUUCGUUCCUCCUGUCUCCCUCCCACCCCCAGGAAAGGCGAAGGAGCUUUCCGACUGCGGCCCCGGGAGCCUGUGCCUCCGCGACCCCUGGACAAGUACGAGCUCCGGGAGACCAAGCGGCGGCUGCAGCAAGGCCUGGACAGCAGUGGCCGGCAGGGCCUACUGGGCCCACGCGCCUGCGCCCACCUGUCUCCGCUGCGCCGGGACCCCUUCUGCGCCGCCUGUCAGCCCCUGCGCCCCCAGCCCUGCGGCUCCCGCCCGGAUGCCGUGCCCCUCUGGCUCCAGUGGCUGCCUCAGCCACAGCUCCGAGUGCGCCCCCGGAGGCGCCGACGCCCCCAUCCCCGGCGGGCCCUGGCACCCCCUGUUCUCCGCGCUGCCCGUGUCUCCCUGCACCGGUGGGGAGGCUGCGGCCCCCGUUGUUGCCUCCGGGCGGAAGCCCUGGUGGCCCUGGGCCAAGUCCCCCGUGCCCGUUGGGCCCCCCAGCAGGACUGGCACUGGGCCCGGCGCUACGGGCUGCCUUAUGUGGCGCGCGUGGACCUGAGCCGCAUGGCCCCGGCCCCACCUGCCACUACUGUCCCCGCCCCUGUCAGGACCCCAGGCCCCAGCCCCGGCCCCGGCCCCAUCCCCAAGCAAGCCCUUGCCUUCGCUCCCUUCUCCCCACCCAAGCGCCUGCGGCUGGUGGUCAGCCACGGCUCCAUCAACCUGGAUGUCAAUGGUGACAGGCCAUGAUGGGCUGGACAGGGACGUCUGGGCUGGGAGAGGUGGGGGUUCCUCUUAGUCCCCCUGGCCCCGAGCUCCUGGGGACUCACCUCCAGAAGGAGUUGUUGGACCUCUAGGAGAGAGCUGACUCGUGACCCCAGCUCUGAACUGGGGGCAGGGUUGGUUUGGACACUUGCAGGGAUCUGACCCCUGACCCUUGGUGACUGCUGACCCCUGAGCCGCCCCCACCUGGCAGGGAGUCCUGGCCAUUGCUGCCCUCCCACCCCAGCCCCAGCCUCAGGACUGAAGGAGCUGUUCCCUUCCCCACCCACCUUCUCCUGCCCAGGGAGCAAAGCCAUAAGGGGUGGGGGCCAUCCCAUGGCAUCUCCCCAGAAGCCCCGGCCUUGGAGGAGGUGGACCUGGUGGGUGGCAUUCCCUAGAGACUGCCCCACAAGGGGAGUGAAUUUGCUGUCAGCUCUGCAACUGUCUGAGGUGGGGGCGCGGUGGGGGGUGUCCGGGGGCGUGUCCUCCUGACACCCCUGUGGGUCUCAGGGAGGCCGGGUGCGACCUCAUCUUUCUCAUGGUGCUAUCCCUGGUGCUACUGGGGUGUGGGGGCCCCUCCCCUUCCCACACCAGAGCUGGGUAUGUUGGGGGAUUGGAAGCACUUGAACUUUUUAUUUUAUUUUAUUAAAACCUUGUUAUA